AUGACGACGGAACACUCAUCAGCCGGCGAAGCACCCGCCAGCACACCGCGCGCAACGGGCCAGAAAUCUCACGAGCUUCUCACAUGCACAAUCAAGGCUCCGACCUUUUCCUACACUCACUUAGAACUCAUCUCCGAGUCUCCAACAACACAAGAGGCAUUGGAACUGGACAAUCUUCAAUUCCUAGGCGCAACAGGCUCCGCCAUUCCCAUCGACAUACUCAAAGUCGAGGGGGCACAGUGCUGGCUGCGCGUACCCCGACAGGACCUUAGCCCCUUCGCCGCCGCGAUCACGGCGUGGGCAGGCGUCUCGGACCAGGGAAUCCGGCAAGUUCUCCGGGUGAAGCAGUGCUCUGACUACUUGGGCGCUAUCGUCGGCACCGAUGGCCAAGACAAGCUUUGGUCGUCAUGA